AUGGGGGAAAUGAACGGAGAUGUGACAGAGAUAACGCGCUUGAUGCAAAGAUUCUCAUGGAUAGACUAUGUGGUGUUCGUGUUCAUGUUGGCCAUCAGUGCCGUGGUAGGAGUCUACUGGGGAUUUAUGAAGAAACAAACUACGCAAAGUGACUAUCUUCUGGGUGGAAGAAAUAUGAAAGUGAUUCCCGUUUCCAUGUCCUUGGUAGCCAGUUGGGAUCCAAAUCCUCUGACCCGCCAUACCAUUUGGAAUCUAGUAAUUGGUGGAACAAUUUACUGGGUUCAAGCGAAUGCUGUAAGUCAGACCAUGGUUCAAAGAUAUCUUGCUUUACCAACUUUACAUGGUGCAAAAUGUUCCUUGUCAACUAGUUUAAACUCAAUGUCAGCGGUCGUUUUAGAGGAUUUCUACAAGCCCUACUACAGCAAACAGUUGUCGGAUAUACAGUCAGCUUGGCUGAUGAGAGGAGUCGUUAUACUUCUAGGAUGCCUUUGUGUAGGUCUAGUUUUCGUUGUCGAAAAGAUGGGAACAAUCUUACAGUUGACGAUGACGUUAGAAUCAAUGACCAUGGGUCCGCAGUUGGGUGUAUUUACUAUGGGCAUUCUCUUGCCCGGGGUUGAUGCUACGGGAGCAUUAAUAGGUGGUGUAAGUGGUCUAGCAGUGAUGUCUUGGUGGUGUCUCACGUCACAACUGGCUAUAGCCCGCGGUCAAAUCACUCAUCAUCACAAGUCCCUCACAACUGUUGGCUGCCAGUAUAAUUUUACUGCAGUAGACAAUAUCGGUGAUCAUUACGUAUACAGAGAUGAAGUAAAUCCAGUCCUCCGCGUAUCCUACAUGUGGUAUACACUGGCGGGAAUGUUAGUAACAAUUUGCAUCGGUGCAAUAGUAUCGAGGAUCAACCGCGCACGAGGAGUGCCCUUUGUGCCCCCAUCACCAACGCUACUAGCGCCGCAGCUGAGAAGGUUAUACAAAGAACCUCCACAUCCCAGUGAAGAACUCUUUAUUAGAGCUUAUGGACCAAAUAAGGAAGCCUGCGAACUGAAACCUAUCACAACGAACGUGAAACCUAUCACUGAAAGUGAAAGAGAUAUGAGUUGA